AUGACGGAGGUUUUCCCUGCGUUGUCCAGCCCCAAGACAAGGAGGGUCACCUUCCUGGGGAGCGACAACAGUGGGUGCAUGGAGGCCCUGGUGGUUUGCUGCUGGUCGGGGAGGGAGGAGGAGCCCUAUGUCACCAUCACCCGCAAGCGGCACCUGCGGAAGGGCUACGAGGUGGAGAUGGAGCAGGAGGUGGGCCACUCGGAGCGCCGGCUGGCCACGCACCGCAACGCCUUCAAGCGCAUGGCGGUCAUCCAGGCCUUCCUGGGCUCCACCCCGCAGCUCACCCUCCAGCUCUACAUCAGUGUCCUGGAGAAGUACAUCCCCACGGCCCGAGCUCACAGCAGAGCUACAGGCUCUGUACCCUGGAUGCUGCACCUCUUGCAGCAGGUGUUGAACCCCUUGCUGAGACAGUGCAUGGAGGCCCUGGUGGUUUGCUGCUGGUCGGGGAGGGAGGAGGAGCCCUAUGUCACCAUCACCCGCAAGCGGCACCUGCGGAAGGGCUACGAGGUGGAGAUGGAGCAGGAGGUGGGCCACUCGGAGCGCCGGCUGGCCACGCACCGCAACGCCUUCAAGCGCAUGGCGGUCAUCCAGGCCUUCCUGGGCUCCACCCCGCAGCUCACCCUCCAGCUCUACAUCAGUGUCCUGGAGAAGUACAUCCCCACGGCCCGAGCCAUUCUCAUGGCCAUCUCCCUGAUGUCGGUGACCUACGGGGCACUUGUCUGCAACAUCCUGGCCAUCCAGGUCAAGUACGAUGACUACAAGGUCCAGCUGCGGCCGCUGGCCUUCCUCUGCAUGGUGCUGUGGCGCAGCCUGGAGAUCUCCACCCGUGUGGCCGUCCUUGUGCUCUUCAGCUCUGUCUUCAAGCACUGGAUCAUCCUCGUCGCUCUGACCAACCUACUGGUGGUCUUCUUCUUGCCCUGGGUGCAGUUCUGGCGGAGCGGCACCCGCCUGCCUGACAACAUCGAGAAGAACUUCAGCCGGGUGGGCACAGUGGUGGUGCUCUGUGCCUUCACCCUCCUCUUUGCCAGCAUCAACAUGUUCUGCUGGUCGGCCGUGCAGCUCAAUCUGACUGACCGGGAUCUCAUCGAGAAGUCACAGAACUGGGGUCUCCUGGCUGUGUACUAUGUGGUCCGGCUGGCGGAGAACAUCGUCCUCAUCGUCCUGUGGUACUUCUUUAAGACGGAUUUCUAUGAGCACAUCUGCACUCCACUGCUGGUGGUGCAGCUGCUCCUUGGCUACUGCCUGGGCAUCUACUUUAUGCUCCUCUUCUUCCAGUACCUGCAGCCCUGCUGCCAGCUCUUCCACCACAACAUCGCCGACAUCCUGCACUGCGUCUGCUGCCGCCGGCACCUGCCGGGGACCCCUCUGCAGCUCCAGGCACCCCACGAGCCGGGCGUGAGGCACAGCAUCGUCUGA